GUCAUCAACGCUGUCCACCGCUGGGAGCACGCCCUGGACCUCCUCACGCUCCCACCGCAGCGGGCGCUGCGGCCCAGCGCCGUGAGCUACGGCAGCGCCGCCGACCGCUGCGCCGCCGGCUCCGUGGCCGGCGGCGGCGACGGCAGCGGUUGGGCUUGGGCGUUGACGGUGCUGAGCGAGGCGCGCGAGGGGCGGCUGGCGACGCUGGUCCUCUACACCGCAGCCUUGAGCGCGCUGGGCGCCCGCUGGCUCCUGGCCCUGUCACUGCUGCGCGAGGCAGUCGAAGGCCGCGCGGCGCCCGACACCCCGGCGGCCACAGCAGCGGUGGUGGCCUGUGGGGAAGCGGAGGAAUGGCCCAGUGCCCUAUACGUCCUGUCUCAACCGUGGGCUCCGGUGCCCCCGUCGGCCGCCGUGCGCGCGCUCGCCAGCCGCUGGCGUGCUGGGCUUGUUUGCCUCAGGAAGGGCGAUGUCGACGGGUGCAAUGCGGUGCUGGCCGGUGCUGGGGUGGAGCACUGGGAAAGGGGAAUGCAGAUGUUGCAGGAACUUCGGUGCCUGCGCCUUGGGGAUGUGAUCAGCUACAACUCUGCCAUCAGCAAUUGCAUCCACUGGCCCACCGCGUUGAUCUUGCUCGCCGGAGUUGGAGAGAUGCAGCUCCGAACAACGAGCAUCACCUACAACGCGGUGGUCAGCGCUUGUCAGGAUGCCUGGCAAGUGGCCUUGCUGCUCGUGACCGGUGCGCGGCACCCGAACGCGUGGAACGCGGCGCUUCACGCCCUGGCCCUGGCAGGGCAUUGGCGUCGAGCCCUGCGGCUCUUGGAGGCGGCGUCCAAGGAUCCACGGGCGGUCAAUGCGGUGGUGGGGGCCUGUGAAAAGGCGGUGGCCGCGGUGGCGGAGAAGGGUGGCGGACGAGGUCCAGUGGCCGCGCUUUGCCCUCCAAAAGGGAGCUCGCGGUCGCUCUUCGAGCGGAUCGAUAGGUGA